AUGGCUCCGACUGAGAAGCAAGAUGUCAUUCCUGGGACCGAUAUCGUAUUCAAAGAACGUCGGGAGGCUGAAGGCAGUGGCAGAGGCGAGCUUAUUCUCAUUCCUCAGCCCACCUCCAACAAAGAUGACCCUUUAAAUUGGAGUCCGACAUGGAAGACCAUACUCAUCACCAAUCAAUUCGUGUUCACCUUCGUGACAAUUAUGACACCGCUAUCCAUUGCACCAUUGACAGUGAUCUUCGAGCAAGAGUUCCAAAAGUCCUUGCCCGAGGUGAAUAUGCUUUUCGGCGCUGCAGCUAUCACUCUGGGGUAUGCCAACUUCUUAAUCGUCCCUGCAGCCAAUGUCUUUGGACGGCGCCCCGUAUUGAUCAUCUGCGGUCUGAUCUGCAUCCUUGCCAACAUAUGGCAGGGUUUGGUAACCAGCUACCCGAGCUUCAUCGGCGCUCGUGUAAUUUCUGGUUUAGGUGCUGCCGCCAAUGAGAGCCUGAUGCCGAUGGUCAUUGCCGAUGUCCUUUUUUUGCACCAGCGAGGACGGAGUAUGACCUUCUACUUUUGGGCAUACUUCAUGGGUCUUUUUAUCGGACCAAUCAUAUCCGGUGCCGUCGCAUCUCAGAUCAACUGGAGGUGGUUUUUCUGGGUAUGCACUAUCUUGCAAGUAGUGAGCUUUAUCUUCGUGCUUGCGGCACACCCAGAAACCAAAUACAAUCGCCCUCCUGCCAGCUCGUCUGCCGUGUCAGUGGUCGAGGUGUCUCGGGCAACAGAUAAGCCGGAGGAAAACCCGUCCGAGCCCGACCUUUCCCGUCUAUCAACCACAACAGCUACAGCACCCCCAGUCCUUCAUAGUGGACGACCUUCGAAGGAACAAUUCUCUGUCAUUCCUCGCGCGCGCUUUCACUAUGGUACGAAAUCGGUUUUCCGGGACAUCAUAUCGCCCAUUCAGAUCUUGUUCUACCCAAUUGUGCUCUGGGCCGCCUUCGCCAUGGGCUUUGCAUCGAACUCUCUACUCGCUCUGAACAUUACGCAAGCGCAGGUCUUUGCAGCACCGCCGUAUUUGUUUACCCCUGACCAGAUCGGGUUCGUGAACUUUGCCUUCGUAGUCGGAGCGGCGAUUGCCUUGGUAACAGCUGGGCCGCUUGCGGAUUGGAUUGCUCUACGGCGUGCCAGGAAGAAUAAUGGGGUGCUCGAAGCCGAAUUCCGCUUGAUAGCGCUCAUUCCUUACCUGAUUAUAAGCUUGGUGGGUAUGGUCAUUACAGCAGUAGGGUAUCAGAGAAGUUGGCCAUGGCCUACCAUUGUCAUCGCUGGUUAUAUGCUCGUCGGAAUUCAAGUCGUUGGUAUCCCGAGCAUUGCUAUCGCUUAUGCUGUGGAUUGCUACAAGGCAUUGCCUGGGGAGAUCAUGAUUGCGGCUACCAUUAUCAAAAACACUUUUGGUUUUGGUAUGAUAUUCUAUUUCAACGACUGGGCAGCGAAGGAUGGCUUCCUUGGCCCUAUCCUUACACUCAUGGCGCUCACGGUUGGCUUCUCAAUUUUAGGUCUUGCUGUUUUCAUCCCGUUUGGGAAGAAGUUCCGCUGCAUGACCAAAGAUUCCAAGCUUCACUCUCUUUAG